AGCUAACACAAACCAGCACGACAUUCUUACAAUUUCAACAACUUGACAAAAUCUACUACAAAAAUACUCAUCUGAGACAACAUAUUCAGAACUAGCAGAAAUGGAUUCAGCAAAAAUUACUACAGGAUAUAAUAAACGUGAAAUUCUUGAUCUUGAUUAUUAUGUGGAGAAAUUCUUUCGAACACAGAGAUUUGAUAAAACCAAGGACCAAGAGUCAAAGCACAUCAGAAAUCUCAGCUAUGAUGACAUUGAUGUAGAUCUCAGCUACAAGAAAGUCAUGAAAGAGGAUACAACAACUGAAGUUAUUCAGGAAAAGGAUGUAGUUGAGGAAGCUACUAAGGAGAAACCUGUGCUGCUGUAUAGAACUGAAUAUAAAAACUGCACAAAUGAUGACCAAGUGUAUACCCUUAAUGCUGAGCGUACAACUGCAACA